ACGACACUUUAGUCCAAGAAUGCUAAGAACAGAACUCAUGAACAACGAGAGCGAGAAGACACACAACUCUUUACUUUGUAAACACUUGCCACCCUUUUCACCAUCCCCUGUCAAGUAUCCCGACCAAGUCACUUCACAGGAGCGAUGGUGUGCAAGACGCCGCAGACCCUGGGGAGCAAGCUACUCGGCCAGUACGAGCAGAGAGGGACUUACAGGAACCAAAAAGAAGCUUUUCUGGCCUUUUUGGGAUACUCCGUAGGCCUAGGCAAUUUCUGGCGAUUCCCUUUCCUGUGCGCGAAGUACAACGGAGUGACGUUCCUGAUUCCUUACUUCGUGGCUCUGGUGACCAUGGGUCUGCCGCUGUAUUUCCUCGAGAUGGCCCUGAGUCAGUACGUAAGCAUCGGCCCAACGCGGCUCUUCAGCUUCAUCUGCCCGGUGUUCUGCGGUGUCGGCUGGGCGAUGGUGUUGGUGAUGAUGCUGGAAACCAUUUACUACAACAUCGGGAUCGCCUGGACCCUCUUCUACGCCGUCGCCUCAAUGCAGUGGAAUCUGCCGUGGUGCGUCAGCCCGGCCCUCAACGCCACAGAUUGUUCCCAGGUUGAAAACC